AUUUGGACGCCGUCUCGUCUCGUCUUCCGGCUGCCUUCUUCUUCUCCUUCCUCCGCGCUUCCCUUGAUCGCUCGGUUUUCUUUUCUUGGUCAACGCACGGCGACCUCGCCUUCCCCUACCCCGGGUCAGGGGUGGCUUCUCUCCUCUUGUCUUCCUCCUCCGCCCCCCACCCCACGCCACCAACCCCGACCAAACUUGCUUGCCUUGUUUCUCUCUCUAGUCUCUCCCCUCCACCACCUCCGUCGGAUUCGGGCCCCCAACUCCUGCUGCUGACUUCAACAUCCCCCGCCAUUCGCGCCAUGAUUAUUCCUCCCCUCCUCCCCUGCCCUCAGAGCUGCUGCUGCUGCUACUACUAGAUGCCCGCCCGUUGCUGAUCCCCACCCCAUCCCAUCCCUUCCCUCCCUCCCAAGCCAAGCUCUUCCGCUCUUCCCUUCCCCUCAAUCCAGCUCAAUCCUCCCCAAGGGGCAUUCAUGGCGUCCAUCCGCCGGCCGCACUCGCCGGCCAAGCAGCACCUGCUGCGCUACCACCACCCCUUCGCCUCCUCCUCGCCGCCCUCCUCCCCGCUCCGCCACUCCAGCUCCUCCUCCAGCUCCCUGAGGACCCACCACCACAACCUCUACCCGCACCCCUUCCUCUUCCUCUCCCGCCGCCCACUCCCGCGCUUCGCCGCCUUCUUCCUCCUCGGCUCCUUCCUCGGCCUCCUCCACUUCCUCUCCCACCUGCCCCACACCCCGCACAUCCGCCCCGCGGACCCCGUCGCGGCCGCGGCUGGCCUCCGCCAACACCUACAACUCCCCAUCCGGGUACCAGACGACGACGACGCCGAUGACACAAGGAAAAAGCUGCUCAUCGUCGUCACGCCCACGCGCGCCCGCGCCGCGCAGGCCUACUACCUCAGCCGGAUGGGCCAGACGCUGCUCCUCGUCGACCCGCCCCUGCUCUGGGUCGUCGUGCAGGCCGGCGAGCCCACGCCCGAGGCCGCCGCCGCGCUGCGCCGCACCACCGUCAUGCACCGCUACGUCGGCUGCUGCGACAACCUCAACGCCUCCUCCUCCUCCUCCUCCUCCGCCGACGACCUCCGCCCGCGCCAGAUGAAUGCCGCGCUCGACCUCGUCGAGAACCACCGCCUCGACGGCAUCGUCUACUUCGCCCACGAGGAGGGCGUCUACUCCCUAGACCUCUUCCAACGCCUGCGCCAAAUCAGGAGGUUUGGCACAUGGCCUGUUCCAGUGGUCUCUGAAAACAGAAAGGAUGGUGUGGUUCUGGAGGGCCCUGUGUGCAAGCAGAAUCAAGUUGUUGGAUGGCAUACAAGUGAAGGUCACAGCAAGCUCCGGAGAUUUCAUGUUGCUAUGUCAGGAUUCGCGUUCAAUAGCACCAUGCUCUGGGAUCCCAAGCUGAGGUCCCAUGUGGCCUGGAAUUCAAUUCGCCAUCCAGAAAUGGUGAAAGAAGGCUUCCAAGGAACCACGUUUGUAGAGCAACUAGUGGAGGAUGAAAGCCAGAUGGAAGGCAUACCUGCUGACUGCUCGCGUAUAAUGAACUGGCAUGUGCCAUUUGGAUCUGAGAAUCUUGCCUAUCCUAAAGGAUGGCGAGUUGGGACGAAUCUGGAUGUGAUUAUUCCUCUUAAAUAGUACCACCAGCUAUGUUCAACAAAGCACUAACUCCUUUGACAGGCAUAUACUGUAGAAUUAAAAGCCAUGAAGCUUUGGCUUGAAUAGUUCAGAGGAAUCCCAGGGUUUGACUACUUUCAAGAAGCAGCUCCUGGAAAGAGGAGGCUUCAGGUUUUGCACAACCUCAUGCAGAAUUUCUGCUGUUAUAGUCAGAAUUUUUGGGAAAUAUUUUGUAGGAUGAAAUUAGUGCAGCAUCACCAAAGAAGCCAGCCAUUUCGCUGCAAAGCCUGUUCAUUGUAUUUGUACAUGUUUGUAUUCAUUUUUUUAGUUCACAAGCCAAAAGGCGUUCUGCAUAGUUACUGAUUAUUUCAGGAGUUUCAGUUAAAGCAUGAGUCAUUUUAUUUUGAAGUGCUGAAUUUCUUGUUCUUGUGAGUGAUCUGUAAAAUGUGCUGAAUUUCUUGUUCUUUUGUGAUGAUCAGUAAAAGCUAUUGUUGUACCAGAUA